AUGCAACUUUCAUCAGUUUCACGAAAUUUUUGUUCCAGGAAUCUUGCAUGUAAUGUGAAGCUCAUCAAGCUAUCGUUGACACUGUAUGAUGCGCCAUCACCUAUCACAUGUUUCGAUUUUCGUGUACUUUCACACUUUUUGGCGUGCUUAGUAUCGAUUUCGAAAUUCACAUUUGCAGGAAAAUGGCAUUUAAAACUGACAGAUAUGACUAUACGAGCUCAGGGUUGGUUCAGUCCAUCGGAAAUUAGACCCUUGCGGGCUAGUACUUUUAUCUUCUAUGUUAGAACAAUACUGGAAUGGGGCGUACAAAUUCAUACAUUGGAAUUGAUCGAUGGAUUGAAAGUUCCACCUUAUGUGAUUGGUGGGACGCAGAAGCGACGUUUUUUGUACAUGCAUCAUGAAUACAAAGAAUGUGAAAAACUGGUCAUACACUAUGAUAUCGGAAUCGUAACACCGCAUUAUCUACAUAAUAAAAUAAAGCAUGAUCAGUUACAGCUGGUGCAAAUAGAAGAAUCUCAUGUUAUUUACAAAGAUGAUUUCUUGAAAUAUCUUUGGUCAGCAUCAAACAUCAAAAGUGUUCAUAUUGUCGUGCCCCAUCACGGGGCGAAACGACGAAAUACAUGCAGACCUGUUUGCUAUGGACGUGUUGAAUUCGCUUGUUUCGUGGAAGGUGGAUGGUUAUCAUUUUUAAAGCAUCUGCGUCAUGCAUCACUCGUUUUUAUAUAA